UGCGCAACAACUCCUCCCACACCUUCCCCAGACAAGCAAUGGCUGCGAGCCUGAGCCUGUGGAGGCUGAAGCCCUCCCGGAUCCUCCGCUGCCGCCUUGCCUGUGGGUUCGGCAGCGGCGCCACAGCUGGAUCGGGGCAGCAGCCACAGCUGGAGAAACUCACCAGCACUCGGCAGCUGGAUGGCGUCAGACACAUUAUCUUGAAUAACCCGAAGAAAAGAAAUGCUCUGUCACUCUCUAUGCUGAAGUGUCUCCGCGAUGAUAUUCUGCAUGAUAUCAAAAGCAAGGCUCUCAGAGUUAUCAUAAUUUCAGCAGAAGGACCUGUAUUUUCAGCUGGCCAUGAUUUAAAAGAAUUGUCCAGUGAACAGGAUAUGAAGCACCAUAUCGAAGUAUUUGACACCUGUGCUGAGGUCAUGACUCUGCUCCAAAAACUCCCCGUACCAGUGAUUGCCCAGGUAAAUGGCUUGGCUACAGCAGCAGGCUGCCAGCUGGUGGCGAGCUGUGACAUUGCAGUAGCGAGUGAGAAAUCCCAGUUUGCUACACCCGGAGUCAAUGUUGGGCUGUUUUGCUCCACACCAGCUGUGGCCUUGGGGAGAGCCCUUUCUAGAAAGGUUGCAUUAGAGAUGCUGUUCACAGGAGAGCCUAUUUCUGCCCACAAUGCUUUGCUGCAUGGACUUCUCAGCAGGGUGGUACCAGAAGACAAGCUGGAAGAGGAGACCAUGAAAAUUGCACGCAAGAUAUGUGAAACCAGCCGGUCUGUUAUAGCACUGGGGAAAGCCACCUUUUACAAACAGAUGGCACUGGACCUAGAUGCUGCCUACAGAAUGACCUCCCAGGUCAUGGUGGACAAUCUGACCCUGAAGGAUGGACACGAAGGAAUAGAGGCCUUUAUUCAGAAACGCAAACCUACCUGGUCACAUAGCGUGAACACAGCUUGCAAAUGAGUACACUCAGGCUUAGCUAACUCACACCAGUGUCUUCUCUGUGAAAGUCCCAGGGACUGUAUUUUUGGUAUUGCUGAAAACUAUUUCACUUCUGUAUUGUGUAGCUGAUGGCCACUGGCAAUGAUGAGGAAAGUAACAGCUAAUAUUUCAGGUUGUUCUUCAAGGGAUGCCAACAAUCAUAUUACAAGGUUUCUGAGGACACAAUAAAAUGAAGUAAAUCAAA